AUGGCUGCGUCAAGGAGUAACAGUGUCAGCCGGCCACCGGUGUCGAGGCGCAGCAGCACGAAUCCGCCAGCAGUCUCGAGGAAUGCCAGCGUCGGGAGCCGUAUUGUGCCGCCGACUCCUGGUGUGCACUCUCCCGGCCUGCAGUCCCCGGGCUUCCUGUCUCCGGGCCAUGGCUUCGACUUUGGCUUCAACGAGAUCGACGUCUCAAGGGGCGGCAACUGCUUCCAGUCCUUCAGCGUCCCUCAUCUCCCCUCCCAGGACGACCGCUUCAGCGUCACCAGCCCGCGCCUGAGGCACUCGCGGUUCCUCUCGGCGAGCCACUCCAUGGCCAGCGCCAAGACGUACAAGCCGCGGCCGUACUUCAAGUCUCGGCGGAUCCGGAAGGGCACCAUUGACCGCCCGGAGCUGAGAGAGAGGGAUCCCCGCGCCGUGUGGAUCACUCUCAUCCCCUGCAUCGGCUUUGCCAUCGGCGCCAUCAUGAUCGCCUUCUUUUCCUACAGGGGCUACACCUCCAUCUCCAACUACGAGUACUGCACAGUAUUUGUCGACGACUUCUCCAACGGAUUCAACACCAGCAUCUGGACAAAGGAGGUCGAGACUGGCGGCUUUGGUGGCGGUUCGUUUGAGAUGACCACCGGCGGCGAUGAGAAUGUCUUCGUCCGCGACAACCAGCUGGUCAUCAAGCCUACCAUCUGGGACAAGACUUACAUCGACAACACCCGGCUGGUCAACUUGACUGCCGAUGGCACUUGCACGUCGACAUCUCCCGACAACUGCGUCCUGUCUGCCAACCUCACGGCAGGUGAGAUCGUGCAGCCCGUCAAGUCCGGCCGCAUCAGCACCAAGAAGUUCCACGUCAUCCGCUACGGCCGGGUCGACAUGACCGUCAAGGUCGCCCGGGGCGACUGGCUGCUGUCCCAGCUCAUGAUGUGGCCCGCCGAGAACUACUACGGCGCCUGGCCGGCCUCGGGCGAGAUCGACAUCGGCAUGAUCCGCGGCAACAACUACUCGUACGGCAAAGGCGAGGGCAACCAGCUCCUGCAGAGCUCGCUCCACUGGGGGCCCGACCCGACCACCGACCGCUGGCAGACGACCAAUGCCGUGCGCAACGCGCUCGUGGGCCAGACCUGGGGCGACGAGUUCCACCGGUUCGGCGUGGAGUGGACCAAGAACUACCUCUUCACCUGGGUCGACAGCCGCCUCGCCCAGGUCGAGUACGUCAAGUUCAACCAGGACUUCUUCGACCUCGGCGGUUACGGCCCCACCUACAAGAACGGAUCCAAGAUUGUGAACCCCUGGGUGACGAAGGGCGCGACCCAUGCCACUCCCUUCGACCGCCCCUUCUACCUGGUCAUCGGCUUGACGGUCGGCGGCACCUCUGGCUGGUUCGCCGACGGCGUGCAGGAUAAGCCGUGGGCCGACGCGUCCCUGAAGCCGAGGAAGGACUUUUGGGACGGUAGGGACCAGUGGGCUCCGACGUGGUCCAAGCCGGGCUACGGCGAGAUGAUUGUCGAAAAGGUCGCCAUGUACCAGCAGUGUGACAAUGGCGCCACCGACCUUUCGGCCUUUGAUUAA